AUGGCUGCAGGGAGAGCGCUGCGCGCCGCGCGGGAGACGGCGCAGCGCGACGACGACAACGACGAUGAUGAGGGCGACGAGACAAACGACGCAGAAGACGACGCCUCCGACUCUUGGCAUGGUGAGGCGCACGACGACCUGCUCUGGGCCCAGCGUAGCGAGUAUUCCAAGGAUCUUGCGCGCACCGUCGGCCCGCACCACCCAAGCAUCCCGACGUCGUUCAACUCGAUGGAAAAGUCGCGCAAGAAGUAUGUCGGCGGGCCCGUCGACCCCAACGGCCGCUGCAAGGGUCGCAAGCUCGUGCUCUGGCAUCGGCCGCGCAUGAUGGAGAAGCUGCUGCUCAACAUCCAGUACGAGUGUUUCCGCGCCAAGGUGCGCAUUCCGUGGGACGAGGUGGUGCAUAGGCUCGAGCCGGGCUGCAGCGGACCCUCGGCCGUCCAGAUGCUUAACAAGAUGCGCGACGUGCUCGUCAUGGAAGGUCACAUGAUCCCCCCCGCUAUGGGCAACGGCAUCCAGCCCGAUCCCGACAUCCGCGGCUACGUGCGCGACCUCGCCUCCGACCAAGCCAGCGGCACGCGCAUCCUGCGCUGGACCGAGAACUACCCCAACGCGCCGCAGAGCCUCAGCGACUCUGGCUUCAUCCGCGGCUCCGGCAACUAUCGCAAGGUGCUCACCCGCGGCGGCGCCUUUACCAAGAUUCCACGCACCAUCAAGGAACGCGGCUACGCGCGAAAAGUUAUACCCGAAGAGGCCUACAGCCCGGCUCCGACCGGCCAGCAGUCGUCGACGCCCGCCGACACGGAUGGCGCCACCUCGACGCGUCCCAAGCGCGGUAAGCCGAGAGCGCUCUGGAAGAAGCCCGGGCCCAAAACGAAGCGCAGUAGGGCCGACAAUACCGGCUCAUCUCGCCCCUCCGAGCCGUCGCUGGUGCCAAGCAAUGCUCUUGAUGCCGAGGAAGUGUCGUGCGACGUCCAUCAACCGACCUACACCCACGACCGCCUGCCGCCGUGGCCGGCCGCCGAUGCCCAACCGACGCGCCGCCCACCCACCAACAACGUGCCGCUCCUGCCCCGUUUCCCCUGCGACGAGCUGCUCAUGCUGCGACCACCUCCGGACCUCGCCGCCGACGCGCCGCUGGUCUUUGAGCACUGCCCCUCACCCCCCACCGAGCCCUUUUGGCCCUACUGCGACCUCUACCCCGACGCGAGUCGCGCGAAACCCGAUCUCUGCGCCUGGUCCCAGGCCGACCAGAGUCCCGACCUGCACACGCCCGCCUCCACCACUUCCUUUGACCUGACCAGCGCCUAUACCAGCCACCAGCCGCCAUUUCCCCGUCCCGACAAAGACGCCCUCGUCGCCGCUCCACCGCCAUUCCCAUACGCCGCCGCCCCGCCCCGCCCCAAUAUCGAGGCUGAGGCCGACAUGCUCACCCUCUACGAUGACGACGCCUACCCGGCCUCGUGGCCCUCGGAAUUCCUCUGCGAAUCCCACGAAUGUCUUCCCUAG